AUGCGUCUUCUCUUUCUCCUAUUAGGAGGAUUACACGCGCCACUGGUGGUGGAAGCGAUGGGGCUCUGGGCUCAUGAGGAGCUCAAUGAGAUGAUGAUGACUGGUCGUCCGGAACACAGCGCUCAGCUAGCAGUUAUUUCGUUAAGAGCGGAAAAUGAGGAAACGAUCGCAGGCGAAACUCGCUUCAUGGAUCUUCACGAAAUAAAGGACUGGAACUGCCCGAAGCAGCCAUCAAGCAGAAAUGCAUCACCCUACGAAUCUGAGGUGCUGCAGAUUUCAGGUGGAGUAUUCGUAUACGGGAUGGGAGACUACGGAGAGGGAGGUGAUUCCGUCCAUUUCUUCCUAAUUGCCGUAGAAAACGGCAUGGAAGAUGCGGCUCGUGCACAAGACUGA